AUGUUUAUUAAAAUUGUGAAUUUAUUCAUACUUUCCCGAUUGGUGCUUCAAGAUAGCUCUGUUGCAUUUAACGUACGGGAUUCUAAUGUUAUAUCCAGUUAUUCACAUGGUUACAACAGUCCAAGUAUAAAAAAUGAGGAAUUAAGCGAUUAUAAUUAUUUCACGAAAAUGUUCCCCAAAGUGUCAUUUUUACAAGAAGAAAAUGAUGGCAACGAUAAUAAAAAUGAAUUAGAUAACAAUGCUCAAGAAAACGUACCAGAAACAAAUGAACCACUACCUGCAGAUGCCGCCAAUCAAAGUCAAGAUAACGCUUCUAAUGAUAUUAAAGAAAAUAAAGAAAAUAAAGAAAAUAAAAAAAAUAAAGAAAAAGGGAAAAAGAAAACAGAAAUGAAGGCUACGGGUGAUCCUGAAUUAUUAAAAGAUAGAGACUACAGUUUACUUAGUAAAAAAACAAUAGAUAGCUUAAAACAGGGAGAGGAAUCAAAUGAUGAAACUAUCGAAGAAGAAGAAACUGAUGUAAAAGUAGAUGAAAACAAUAAACCACUUAUAAAAUAUACACCAGAUUACACACACCGUUUAAAAAAAACAAUGCAUAAAUUGGGUUAUGAUAAAGAAUUUACAUUAACUGAAGUGGCAAAAGUACAUUCAUGCCCAAAUGAUAAUUUUUUAUUUGAUAUAUAUCCAGAAUCAAUAGAAGAAUUUAAGAAAAACGAUUUUAAACUAAUGGAAAGUAACGGAACAAAAUUUAUAAGUUGUUUAAGAAGGAAUAAUUUAACUAGAACAAAUGGUCACGACUCAAAAUUGAAAUUUGGUAAUUCAGUUAAUACUUUUGGUCCAUAUGCAAUACCAAAUGAAUUGGUUGUAUUCGAUUUAAUCAAUUUACCUGAAAGUGUAGAUUAUAUUAAUUUAGCAAAUGAUUAUGAUAUACCCGAAAGUGAAUUUCCGAAUUUACAUAAACUAAAUUAUUGUUUAUUAAACCCUGGAAAAUUAGAAAAAUUAUUAAAAAAAAAAGAUAUUAAAUCAUAUAUAAAUAAUAAUAAUAAAGGAUCUUAUGAUGAAUUUUUUAAGAAUGCUUUACAUGAAUCCAUUAAAUGCCAUAUUGAAAAUUCAUUAUUUGAGAUACUUGAGCAAGACCAUUUCCGCCAAUAUUUUAAACAGGUUAGAGUAAAUGUUAAGGAUGCGCUUAAGAAGAAAUUGUAUCUAAUAAAAUCAGGACUAAGUUAUAGAAGUAGGAGACAUGUCGAUAAUAUUUAUAAAGAAAUUAUAGAAGAUAUUGAAUAUCACGAAAAAAAAUUCAGAUUAUUGGAAAACAAUAUGGUGAGAAUAACUUUGUACUAUACCGGAUAUUCUCUUGAUGAAGUAUGCGACAGAUAUAUGGAAAAAGAUAGUAUAUUCGAAGCACAUGCAUAUUUGUAUGACCACUUUGCAAAAUCCAUUAGAAUGUUUUCUUCUUGUAUUAAAAAUUUGACCAUUUACAAUAAUAUUAUAUCAAAUAUGCAUGGCCGAAUGAGACAGUUACUUACUCAUACCCCUAGAAAACCAGUAUUAAAAGAAAUACAUUUUAACGUACUUUUAAACAAGUUUAAAAAACCCCAAAAUAAAGAUCAACUUCCAUAUGAUCCAACUGUUAAAUCAUUUGCACUUGGUGAAUUAACGAGAGAACCUAUUUAUGGUUUCAAUCAUGCGUUCUUUGAAUAUAAGAAAAAGAAAAUAUUAGAUAUUAUACAAAAAGUCAAAUUAGAUGUUUUUUCACUUGUUCAAAAAGGUUCAACACAUCUACAAUUAGAUCCAUCAAAUAGAGAACUGUAUAUGUUUGUAUUGGAGAAAUAUAAAAAAGAACUCAGAGAUUUACUCAGUGAAAUGAAUUCUGAUUAUGUCAAACUUUUUGAAAUGCGUCUUUCAGCAUUCUACCAUAAGGACUUUAUGCCCUAUGGUCGUUUAUUCUAA